AUGAGCGAGGAAAAGUGUCCCGUCGACCAUGAGAGCAGAAAGGUCUGGGCACGCAAGCUGGAGUCCAGUACGGAAAACGCCGCCUCCGGGACAGCUCAGCCCAAGGAGUGUCCUGUUGAUCACACAAAGAUGAAGAAGCCCGAAGUCGCUCAAACAGAAACCAAGGCUGCGGCGGAAGCCUGUCCUGUGGAUCACGAGACUCGAGAUGUCUGGGUCAAGCGUCAAAACGUGGCCUCCCACGGUUUAGCGGCUUCUGUAGAUGUGGAGCCUUAUGGAAACGCCGCCUUGAGCGAGCCCAACACCGGUCUGGAUCAGCAACGAGAGAUCUCGACCAUCCCUCGAGCUGGCUCGGACUCUAACUGGGUGUAUCCUUCUCAGCAGCAGUUUUUCAACGCCAUGAAGCGCAAGCAGUGGGAUCCCCAGGCCGAGGACAUGCAGAGCAUCGUUCCUAUUCACAACGCCGUUAACGAGCGAGCAUGGUACGAGAUCCAGCGAUGGGAGGGCCAAAUGGCCGACAAGUGCGGUGGUCCUAAACUUGUGUCGUUCCAGGGCGACUCCAAGAAACUGACGCCCAAGGCCCGGUUCAACAACUGGUUUCUGGGCUAUCAGAAGCCGUUUGACCGUCACGACUGGACCGUGGACCGAUGUGGAACCAAGAUCGACUACGUCAUUGACUUUUACGAGGGCAAGCAGCUACCUGGCAUGAUUGGCAUGCCUUCGUUCUACCUGGACGUGAGGCCCAAGGUGAACUCUCUGGAAGGUAUUCGAAUGCGAAUUGCCAAUAUCUUUGGUUUCAAGUAG